UGAUUGGCAAGGGGACAACGAAAGAAUUACAAAACAACUGGAAAUAUGUUGGCCGCACGUUUCUUACGCAGAUUUUCUACAAAUUCCAUAAAAUUGGCUGUAGACAAAAAUGCCAUUGGAGGCCGUAAUCUAGUGGAAGCUGUGGCUAUAUCAUCUAACGGUAAGACAAUUGUUGCCUGGCAUCCGGAGCCCGAUUUUCCCUAUGAAUGUACAAAACCGCUGCCAGUUGCAUCUGAGAAGCAGUCUGCCUCUCUUAUAAAGGAUGAGGCACUAGGUAGUGCUAUGAGCGCUUUUAAAGAAAAAAGACCGGAGGUAGCUCGCGAGGAGCUAAUGCGUCUAACACAUACAACCAAACACAGAUGGUUUCCUCGUUCCCGCGAUAAGAGAGCAAAAUCCACUCCAAUGGAUAGACCAUAUUUGUAAUGUAAGAAAUUGUGUAAUAUGUUAAGUUUUAAUGGAUUAAUAAAAAUAUGUUGAUGUAUCCAAAGUA